AUGUUCGCAGAAGAGGUUUUCAGCCAAAGCAAAGCAAAAAAGAAAAGUAAAAAACGCAAACUGUUUCGAGAAAAUUGCAUUUGCAGAGGGAUAAUAAAGGAAAUAGAAUUUUAUUCGUGUGCUCAACAUGCAUUAAUUCAAAUGACGCUGAAUAUUAGCUUUUUAUUUUGGCUGAACAAACAUCCAGGAGUGUUCAACUUGAACUUUUGUGACGUUAUAAAUUAA